GCACCUGACAAUUUCCAGCAAUAGACACCACUACUACAGCUCUGCAGAAAGAGGCAGAGACAACGCAAAGUAGAGCAGAGUGAGAGAGAGAGAGAGAAGGAACAGUGUGAAAUUCAGCAAAGCCAAGAGCGAUAGAUGAGGUAGAGAGGAGACUGAAGUGAGCUAUAGGGACAGUCUGCCUGGGUGUGUUCCAUUGUGCCACGCAUCCUUUGGGGUCGGUUGGAAUUCAUCUCACAGAGGACAUGUGGAAUUACCUACUUUCCGUCCCUGCGUGUUCUCCAAUGAAGGUGUGAGCCGCCACAAACAUUGUGAAGGGGGUCUACUUUGUCUCCAUCCUCUGGUGUGGUCUCUGGACUGACUGAGACAAUUUCUGGAUGUGCUAAGAGACCAGUGCAGAGCCUUAACUGACCAAGACAUUUACCAUGGGGAAGGACCAUUACUAAAUAACAGAAAACACAGGUAAUAUCAGGGGAAAGGAGAAAAGGAAUCUCUUAACAACAAGUUCAUACCUGCUUAAAGGAGAACAGGGAAAACCAUCUAAGACAUCCGGUCAACUCAAGAAGGCCCUCCAGACCAAAGCAUAUCUUCCUAAGAAAAGCCUGACAUUUUCCAGAAGCCACAGAGAUUAGCCAGUGCUACAACAAAUGCACUCCUCUGAGAUUGACUCCGGGAGAAACUGCUACUUAGGAAAGAUUGUGCACUUCUUCACUUUACUCCUGUCAUUCUCACACAGAUUUAAAACUUCCCACACUGUUCGUCAGUUUAUUUUAUAAACAAGAAUAUGUCAAGCGGACCAUCAGUAGCUGUCUUGUCACUCGUCUAGGUACUGUCUGUCUGAGGAUUGGUGGUGGUGGUGGUUCUAGUGUGUGACCCGACCCAGCCCUGGGUGGUCAUGGUCAAUAUUGGGUGUUGAAAACAUUGCUCGAACCCGCUGGUGUCCAUGAAGAGGUUCGGCAGCCUGAGGAGGAGUAAGAAGCGAAAGGAGCAGGACCUGCUGGUUGCCGGAAGACACCAGUCAGAGGCGCCAUGUUUGCCUGUCUCCGGCCUCUCCUCCUCCCCCACGCCGCCCAGCACCCCAACCAUGGCCCCCAGCCAGCCCAUGUUCUCCCAGGAGCUCCACCACAGUGCCCCUGAACGCCUGGAGCGCUCCCUCUCAUCCCCCCGUCCAGACAGUGGAAAGCGCCUCAGCCUGCCUCCUUCUGCCAAGCCACCCAUCCCCUCUUCCUCCCUGAUACACUAUGGCUUCUCAGCGUUCCAAGCUACCUCACAGCCGAAUUUCUACGGUUUAUUCGAAGGCAUGUUGGAGAAACUUGAACUAAACGAUGACGGUGUCGCUGCUGAACCAGAGAGUGAUAUAUACACGCGCUUUAUGAAGUCACACAGCUGCUACGACAUCGUUCCCACCAGCUCCAAGCUAGUCGUGUUCGACACUGGUCUGCAAGUGAAGAAGGCAUUUUUUGCUUUAGUGGCUAACGGGGUGCGCGCUGCCCCACUAUGGGACUCAGAGAAGCAGUGUUUUGUGGGAAUGCUGACAAUCACAGACUUCAUCAUCAUUCUACACCGAUACUACAAGUCACCUUUGGUGCAAAUAUAUGAGUUGGAAGAUCAUAAGCUUGAGACCUGGAGAGAAGUCUAUUUGCAAGAGACAUUCAAGCCUUUGGUGAACAUUUCACCAGAAUCAAGCAUAUUUGACGCUGUGUAUUCCCUAAUAAAAAACAAGAUCCACCGACUGCCUGUCAUAGACCCUGUGACAGGAAACCCUCUCUACAUUCUCACACACAAGAGGAUCCUCAAAUUCCUACAGCUCUUUGUGUGUGAGAUGCCCAAGCCAGCCUUUAUGAAGCAGACCCUUGGGAAGCUGGGCAUUGGCACCUACAAGAACAUAGCCUACAUUCACCCAGACACGCCCAUCAUCAAGGCCCUUCAGAUCUUUGUGGAGCGGAGGGUGUCAGCCCUGCCUGUGGUGGACAUGUCUGGAAAAGUGGUGGAUAUUUACUCCAAAUUUGAUGUCAUAAACCUGGCAGCAGAGAAGACCUACAAUAACCUGGACAUCACAGUGACCCAGGCCCUGAGGCAUCGGUGCCAGUACUUUGAGGGGGUCAUGCAAUGCCACAAGCUGGAUACACUGGAGACCAUUGUAGAUCAGAUAGUCAAAGCUGAGGUCCAUCGGUUGGUGGUGGUGGAUGAGCACUCGGCCAUUGAAGGCAUCAUCUCCCUGUCCGACAUCCUCCAGGCUCUGGUUCUAAGCCCGGCAGACGUCUGCAGAGAGGAUGGCAUGCUGGAGUGAGAUGCUGAUCUACUGUCCUAGAGAUGUCCUGGAGGCCACUGGGGUUGAAGUCACCGAGGCUGUUCUGAAAUAUAGACCUUGUAUUCUACUUCUACGGUUCCAGUUAUGGUGCCCAGAGCCUUUUGUAUUCAUGCACUAAACUUUAAACCAAAGGACUGGAUUGGACUGCCCCUGGGAGGUACUGUAAAUGGACCUGCAGCCUUUCUGAUUGGAUGGAACGGGACUUGAAUGGUGGUAUAGAGACUGGUGAGGUAACCCAUCCUGCUUUAUUGGCUCUUCUCUCUGUUCGGCUUACCCAGUCUGGAGGUUGUGGUUGUGUAAGGUUCAGAAUAUAACAUUGGUGUUGUGCUAUGUGUUACGCUGCUCUGUCGUGUUAACAUUGCCUAGUCACUUCCAGUAGUUGUCCAUCUUUAAGGAACCUGUUGGUUGGCAGACAUGGUGAGAACACUUUUGGAUACAAGAAAGCAAUUGUCUACAUUUAGAACCUAUUAAUGUAUUCUUCACGUCAAUUAGAAAAGUGGCUAUGAUAUAAACCAAGAUAUCGCAGACGGACUGCAGAAUCUAACAUGUUGUUGUCUUACACAAAGAUAUACAUAUAUAGAUGUGUUUUUGUUAAUGCUUUGUCACAGUAUCUCAACUCUGGAACCAAAACAACUUGGAUUUUGUCAGUUAGGCUGCCAUCCUCUCUACUGUUGGUUUAGGUAUUAAUUUAGAGUGGUUAAGGUUUGGGAAAGGAGUUUGGGUGGCCUGUCUCACUGAAGCCUCAUGUUGCUAUAAUCAGUUGUUGUUAAUGCCAGUUUUAGAAUGAUGUAGUCUCAUUUUCCAAUCCUUAGUCACAGUGCCUUUGGCUUGCCCCACCCUUCAUGGAAGCAAGCACUCUUCUCUUGCCAUCAUGCAUCCAUGCUGGGUGUUGCUAAAGAGCAAGCGAGAUCAUAUUGAACAUACUUUUCAGAGGAGAUGGUGGGAGGGGCUGUAUUUUUAUGAUUAAGAUGCUGUGAAGAGAGAGAAUAGAAACAAGGCUUUAUUUUUGGACAACUUUUAGCUUAUUUUUGUCUGCCUUAUGCACUUGACAUCGAAACCAUACAAAGUGUCCGAUUCUGAACUGCCCUCAUCUCCAGUGUGAUUUGUCUGACUGUAAAUAAUGAUUUCAAGAAAAGUGCAAGAAAGCUUUAUUUUUAUGUAAGUUUAAAGAAAUCAUGUUAGAAUGACUGCUGUUUUAAUAUUAUUUUUGUAAAUGUACUGUGUUGUGGUGAUAGUGUUAGAUUCGAAGACCAUUUCUAUUGAGAACCAGAUGUACAUGUGCAAGCAUGUUAAACAACGCUAUAACCGUUAUGAAUGUUGUUCUUUACUUUUCUAUUGUUCUGAAUGCAGAAAAAUAAACAAUGACACUGUAUUUUGAUGCA